UAAGGAUUAAGACAGUGAUUUGAACCGUGACCAUUUAAGUAAAUCUUUUAUCCUUUAUAUUGUCUUGUUUACCUUCACAGUGUAUACACAAAUAACAAAGCUUUUUUUUGCAGCCCAUCAAACUGGAGCCAAAUUCUGUAACGUUGACAGACAGUAAACUGAAGAAAGUCAUUGUCGGUGACUCUGGGUGUCUGCAAAUGCUAGCAGCGUGCGUAUGACGUAAUUCCCCAUCACCUAGGAAGCGGCUUAUACUUCCGGUGAACAUAGCCCUGGACAAGAAAGGGAAAGGAUGGACCAGGAGGAGGAAGAGGGAGCAGGAACCAGCAGCGAUCCAAGAGGUGAGACGUCUUUAACCAAAGUGACACAUUCAACGGACCCCAAAGAAGAGUGUAGAUUUAUACUUCUGGGAGUUGAUGACUUAAAGAAUGAGGCAUGCAAGAUCAUACUUAGGAAUGGGCAGAGCCAACAAAGAGCUGAUCUGGAAGGGUGGGAGGUGAAGGAGAACUGUGUCCAGGGAAGACAUGUCACUGUGGCAAUUAGUCCUUCUCGUUGGUUGAAGCAUUUGAAAUCAUUCUUUUUUAAGAGGAGUGUCAAAAGUAUCGAAAAUGACCUUCAGAAAUGUGCAUCAGUGGUAUUCCCUGGGCCUAAUGCAUUCCUUUUGGUGAUUAGAGAUGGACAUGAACCUGGAAAAGUGCAUCUCCUUUUAAAAGCAGUUGCUACAGUGUUUGGGAAAGAGGCAUUCGACUACAGUAUGGUGCUGUUCAUUAAAGGAGAUGGAGAAAAACAUUCAGAUCCUGCCUCAAUGAAGUGUGUUUUGAAAUGUGGGAAAAGGCACCACUUUCUAGAGGACACUGAUAGAAAUGUUCAGGAACUUUUCAGGAAAGUUGAGAAUAUGACAGCUAACACAAACAGCAAGUUCUUUAUUCCACCAGCCUAUGCAGAACUUAUGAAUAAAUUUGAACCAUGGGAAAAGAAAAGAAUUUUAUAUAUAAAGACCUCACUGGAUGAAUGCAAGGAUGAAAAAAGACAAAAAGACCAGCAUAUUAAAGAACGAAAAAUGAAGAUGGACACCUUACAACAGAGAGAGUGUGAACUAAGAAAGGAGCUAGACACUUCCAAAAGUAAUGAGCUUAUACUAAGAAAGGAACUGGAUACUUCUCAACUAAGAGAAGGACAACUCAGAAUGGAACUGGAUGCUGCCACACAAAGAGAGAGUAAACUAGGAAAGCAACUGGAUGAUUAUGAAAUGAAGGACAGUAAACUAAGGAAGCAGUUUGAUGAUUUCAAAUUAAAGGAACAUACACUAAGAAAUGAUUCUGAUGUUUUACAAAUAAAAAAUAGUGAACUUGAAAAGAAGUUAGGUGACACUCGGCUGAGGGAGAGUGAACUUGAAAAGAAGUUAGAUGACACUUGGCUGAGGGAGAGUGAACUAGAAAAGAAGUUAGAUGGCUCUUGGCUGAGGGAGCGUGAACUUGAAAAGAAGUUAGAUGACACUCGGCUGAGGGAGAGUGAACUAGAAAAGAAGUUAGAUGGCUCUUGGCUGAGGGAGCGUGAACUUGAAAAGAAGUUAGAUGACACUCGGCUGAGGGAGCGUGAACUUGAAAAGAAGUUAGAUGACACUCGGCUGAGGGAGAGUGAACUUGAAAAGAAGUUGGGUGACUCUCGGCUUAGGGAGGGCGAACUUGAAAAGAAGUUAGAUGACACUCGGCUGAGGGAGAGAGAACUUGAAAAGAACUCUCGGCUUAGGGAGGGCGAACUUGAAAAGAAGUUAGAUGACACUCGGUUGAGGGAGAGAGAACUUGAAAAGAAGUUAGGUGGCUCUUGGCUGAGGGAGGGCGAACUUGAAAAGAAGUUAGAUGACACUCGGCUGAGGGAGAGUGAACUUGAAAAGAAGUUAGGUGACACUCGGCUGAGGGAGAGUGAACUUGAAAAGAAGUUAAAUGACACUCGGCUGAGGGAGAGUGAACUUGAAAAGAAGUUGGGUGACUCUCGGCUUAGGGAGGGCGAACUUGAAAAGAAGUUAGAUGACACUCGGCUGAGGGAGAGAGAACUUGAAAAGAAGUUGGGUGACUCUCGGCUUAGGGAGGGCGAACUUGAAAAGUUGUUGGGUGACUCUCGGCUUAGGGAGGGCGAACUUGAAAAGAAGUUAGAUGACACUCGGCUGAGGGAGAGUGAACUUGAAAAGAAGUUAGAUGACACUCGGCUGAGGGAGAGAGAACUUGAAAAGAGGUUAGAUGACACUCGGCUGAGGGAGAGUGAACUUGAAAAGAAGUUAGGUGACACUCGGCUGAGGGAGAGUGAACUUGAAAAGAAGUUAAAUGACACUCGGCUGAGGGAGAGUGAACUUGAAAAGAAGUUGGAUGACUCGCGGCUGAAGGAGAGUGAACUCGAAAAGGACUUGGAAGCUACUCAACUAAGAGAGAACAACCUAAUAAAAGAAUUGGAUGAUUUUAAAAGAAACAAAUAUAACCCAGGAAGUGUACUAGAUCCUUCUCAACAAAGAGAGAGUGAGGUUAGAAAGGAGGACCAUGGUGUAGAAAGGGACAACAACAAAGAGUAAGCGCCACAACCCAUUGGAACCAGGGAAUGCAGGGGGGGCAAAGACAUCGAGUUACCACAUUUUUCCACAGAUCAAAGCCAAUAUGAACAGAUGAUACAAGCAAAUCAAAACAAAGACACAACAAGGACAGAGUCAGGAGCAAAAUGAAUUUUAAAACAAAAAGCACAAACACUUGCCAUCAUGGGAAAAGUCCUCAGAAUAGCAUUCACUAGCAGAAAAAUGCUGCACACCAAUAUAAAAUGUAAAGACAUUUGUUGUUUUUUUAAGUAUUAUCCAUGGCAGUACUGAACUUUAUAUAACAGUAUUGUUUACUAUUAUUUGGACCAUUAUCGUUUUUCUUGAGUUUUUCUUUUUUUUUUUUUAAUCUAAAUGAUGCAAAACAUCAAUCUAAAAACAAAUAUUUUUUACAGGGAACUGAGUUGAAUAAUUAAUUUUUUUUAUGAAUUAUUUUUCAAAACUUGCCAUUGUAUAGAAAUGGAUCAUUAUUUAUUAUGUCACAUUAUCCAUCUGUGUAUGAAAUGUGAUGUGUAAAUAAACUUUUUCUCCUUCUUCUUAUUACUACUUCUGCGGUGAACUAUAAGUGCUUUAGUUCUAUAUACAGCGCCCUCCACUAAUAUUGGCACCCUUGGUAAAUAUGAGCAAAGAAGGCUGUGAAAAAUUGUCUUUAUUUUUUAACUUGUCACAUAACUUACGUAAUGGAGGUUAGGACAGAUGCAAGUGCAGUUAAAGAUAUUUAUUAGAGAGAGCGGCAGGUAGACAAAGGUAAUCCAAAGCGUGGUCUAAUAACAGGCAAAAAGGUCAAAUAUACAUACAUACAUAUAUAUACAAACAGGCAUAAACUGGGCGAGGCUAGAAUAAAAAACGAGAAACCAGAAACAAAGUUUCUGAGAAAACAAUGAGAAACUAUGAACAACCACUUGGUAAUGAGAUAAACUCAAUACUACGCAAAGUGCUAAGAGACACGAGAGGUUUAUAUAACAAAAGUAAUCAUGGGUUAAACACAGGACAGCUGAAAGUAAUGAUGACACACAUUCGGAAAUCAACCAAUUACAAAACAGGGGCGGAGACAGAACAUAACCAUAACAAAAGCACGUGUCCAAUGUACACAAAGUCAAUGUCAUGAAGACCG